GACCUGCUCUGUGCGGCAUUUCAGGAGAAGAUGAAAAGCAAAACGGCAGGAUAAAAGUUCUUUUUCAUGGAAAGAAACGCUCCAAGGGAUCAUGGGGUAUGGGCAAAUCCUCCACCGGCGAGGGGAUGAGGAGGACCAGGUCCACCUCAAUGUGGGAGGGGUACGGCAUGAACUGGAUCCUGAUAUGGUGCUCCGCUUUCCUCACACGCGUUUGGCUCGUCUGCUGUGCUGCCAGAGCGAGGCGGCAAUCCUGGAGCUGUGUGAUGACUACAGCCCGGCUGAGAAGGAGUACUACUUUGACAGGAAUCCUCGGGUUUUCCUCUGCGUGCUUAACUUUUACCACACGGGACAAAUCCACAUGAUGGAGGAGCUGUGCGUUUUUUCUUUCUGCCAAGAGAUUGAGUACUGGGGCAUCAAGGAGCUCCACCUCAGCCCCUGCUGCAGCAACUGGUACCACGAGAGGAAGGAGUACAUCGAGGACAGAGACUGGGACAUCAGGAGCGAAGACCAGCAGGAGCCGAGCUUCGACUCCUCGUUUGAGGAGCUCUCUGCUCUCGAUAAAGACCUCGCCAAGUUCAAAGGUGCCUGGUGUGCAGAAAUUCGCAGCUACGUGUGGCUCAGACUGGAGGAUCCGGGUCACUCGAGAGCCUCGAAGAUCAUUGCUGUGGCUUCCCUCAGCGUGGUGUUGACCUCCAUCGUUGCCAUGUGUGUUCACAGCAUGCCAGAGUUUCAGCGUGUGGAUGACAGUGACAGGCCCAUCGAGGACCCCGUGCUCACUAGACUGGAGGAGGUUUGCAUCGCCUGCUUCUCCGCAGAGUUCAUAAUCAGGUUAAUCGUCGCGCCCUCCCGACGGAAGUUUCUCGGAAACCCCUUGAACAUAAUCGACGCCGCUUCGAUUUUGCCAUUUUAUGCCACUUUAGCUCUGGAGACAGCCGACGAGGAGAGCGCCGAAGAGAACGAGGACAUAGAAAACGUGGGGAAAGUGGUGCAGGUUCUGCGCCUCAUGCGGGUUCUCAGAAUCCUCAAACUGGCUCGCCACUCCAUCGGACUGCGGGCGCUGGGGGCCACCGUCCGCCACAGCUACCAGGAGGUGGGCCUGCUCCUUCUCUUCCUCUCAGUGGGAAUCUCCAUCUUUUCUGCUCUCAUCUACUUCGCGGAGAAGGAAGAGGAGGACACAGAUUUGGGGACAAUACCUUCAGGUUGGUGGUGGGCCACAAUCACCAUGACCACAGUCGGCUACGGAGACACCUGCCCCGUGACGGUGGCGGGGAAGAUUGUGGCCACCGUGUGUAUCAUCUGUGGCCUGUUAGUGGUGGCUCUUCCCAUCACCAUCAUCUUUAACAAGUUUUCAAAGUACUAUCAAAGAAACAAAGCCAUGGAGGGACAGUGCAUCACCAAGCCUGAAAGACAAGACCCAGAACUCCCUCAUUACAACAUCAGGGAACUGUUAACGGGAAGCGUGUACCCCUUUAUAGGAAGCAUCGCCUUUAGGAACAGUGGGAGCAGCGGAGGGGACGAUACGGACGCCUCCAGUCUCCAGGACAUCGAGGUGUACGAUAAUGACGCUUGUGAAAAUGGAGCAGCCAAAUGAGAUUCCUGCCAUUUCACUGAGCAUCACUCCCUUUAUGACUGCGAGUCAGUCUCUGCCUCUCGGGGCAGAGUGCUCCAUCACUGACCCUGCCUUCCUGCACUGUCUUCCCCCUGCAAUUUGACAAAGAAAUAUUGUGGCCAUGAAGUUUUUUUUUUCCUCCUCUAUCGCUCUCUCUUUCUCUCUCUCUCUCCCGCUCUCUGUCUACAGGGGGAAUAGCUGUGGCUGAAAUUUACAUCGUCGCUAAAACCGGGAAAUCCAAAGGGAAUUAUCUGAACCUUGCUCAGAGGUUUGAAA